AUGUCCUCUCCCGACGCAGAGCGCCGCUCCUCCUUGCCGCAGUGCGGCUUCGGAACGGAAACCGACUUCGAUAAGCUCAUCGUUCAAAAUCACUUUCUCUUCCGCGUAUACACUCCAAAGGAACGGUCUCCCUUCGACGAUGAGACAGAUCCUUUCUUCAUCGCUCCGCGGUUCAAUGAGCUGGUCGCUCGGUCGCCGCUAGAUCUUCCAGAUAUCAAGUUUCCCGAAACGGCGGUUGGAUCGUACGCUGAUGUCGCGCGACAUAUGGAUUGGACGACCAAGGCAACUUCACCAUACAUUUCAACGUCCUUUAGCUUCAGCUGGGCCAUCUGGGAGGCUGUCCGUCGGUUUCAUGUUGGAGUAAAGAAGGACGUAGAGAUAGCUAUUAUCGACGCAAGUGCUCUUGGUGGUAGGGCAGCUACAGCCGUCCAAUUGUUGAAGAAAAGUUCACUGAAACAGCGAGACGAACAGUUUUGGAAGUGGUAUCGUUUUUCUAAGGACUCCCAAACUGUCCUCGUGUAUGGCAUGGUUCCACGACCGGCGGUCCUUGUAUCAAUUCCACUCCUCCAGAUCCUCCGGAAGAUGCCUUCGUACUUCCUACGCAAGGAUAUCCAAAUUAUCAACGACCGGAAUCCCUUGGACCAAGCUGCCUGGGACUACAAGAGUCGUCGACUGAACUACCGCCAAUUUUGCCAAGACAUGACCACAAUCUUCGCGAACCGUCCUGCUGAUGUGCAGCUCCGAGACACGACCAGCGGGGCCGUCAGACUAGCUCUGGCGUUCCUACGACCCUUCUUCCAUCGCGUUGUGCAAGAUGACUUUGACAUCGCCCUUUCUUAUCUCCGCACCCUUGCGAUCUCGAUAUCCGAAUGGCCUAAGGCUGGCUGGGCGCAAGACCACCCAGAAGUCCGGCAGAUUGUCGAGUCUAUGGUGCUCGCGCUCGGAGAAGAGCUUCGGGAGAAAUACGCUACUCAGGAGUGGGAGGAAGUGUCGCGUCUGCGGGUUGUUAUCGAUGGGUUGGAGCAGACAAUCAAGGCACAGCACGUCGAGACGUCGACGCACCCUGCUGCGGCAGAGACAUACGUAGACGUAGACGUGGAUUCAGACGGCGACUUCGAAGUCGGAUUAUUGGAAGAGGCCGACGAACCUACGCUCGUCAUGCAGGAGCCUCUCAUGUCCAAGCGGCCGCCAUCACUCCAGAAGAUGUCGAUCGCGGUGCUUCCGCGCGUACCAAUCUCCUUUCAAACUCCCAUCACCCCGCCAGACUCUCAGCGCAACUCGUGGUCUAUCCCUACCACGACUAUCACGGUCCCACUUGGCGAAAUCAUCUCGACCCACUUCUCCUUCAAGCCAGCUCCAGAUUCUAUCCAGGAAGCUCAGGGUCAUAGUACUGACUCUGUAAAGUCUGUCAACUCACCUGCGUCACCUCCUCCCACACCUCCACCUCGUUCUCCUGUGUUUACGCCUCCACGGCUGUCUCCCGUUGGUGAAACACAAGUGAAGACCGAUGACGCGAUCCACGAGCAGAUUUCGCAGGACGUGGUUGAUGAGACAUCAGUAGCCGAGAUAUCCGUUCCAAAUACGGCGAAGGAUAAACAACCUGCUGAAGAACCAGAGGUAGAGGACGCGUUGUUCGACAAUGCUGCAGAGAUGUCCUACGCUCCUGCUGAAGAAAUCGAAGGCCAGGAGAUCGACCACGAAGAAACCGACCACGAAGACAACGAACACUGCUUCCCAUCUUGGGCCGCGAUGAGCGCAGCUUCCACCCACUCCUCUCCUCGCUCCUCCAUCUUCUCUCUUGACACCCUUUGCAACUCGCCCGACUUCCCUGCUAAGCGCCUGUCCAUCAACCGAGCUGACUCGCUUGACUACUUCCACUUGCGCUUCUCGCCGCCAGGGUCGGUUGGCGGGCACUCGCGGACGGUGUCGUUCUCGGAGCCGCUGCCCAAGAUUCCCUUUUCCGCCGUACCGCUGCCGGUGUGUGUCUCUGUGGUUGAGCCUUCUCAGCUGCCUUUGCCGCCUUCGCCCGAGUCGAUGCUCGAGUCACUGCCUUCUACGCGACCAAACACCCCUUCCGUUUCCUCUCCAGUGUCUCUGUCGCCCUCGAGGUCGGCAUCGCCCGCACCUUCUAUUUCGGGCGCUUCGUCUACGUUGUCAUCGCUUGACUCGCCUACGACGUACCGUAUGAAUAUCGAACUUCCGCUGCCGAUUGUCCCUGCCUCGACGAUCAUUCCGCCUAAGGGAAGAAUCAGCCUGCUCUCGCCGCUUCCUGAGCCGGAAGAGGAAGAAUCUGACAGGAACAGCCUUCGUUCGACCCGUGUUGGGGAAACAGCUUCCUAUAUUGUAACUGGGUUCCUUGUAGGCGCCUUCCUCACUCUUUUCCUUUUCUCAACGCAGCGCAGGACGCUGCUCUACGUGACAUAG